AUCUGAAUAAGCUUUACGUCUCAUCUCGCAUUGGUGCCAUCUCAUACUCAGACCGCGUUCCGUUUCACGCAUAUGCGCGCAUUUAUCUAUAGUUCGUGUCACGUAUAUUAUAGGCAAUGCGCGCAUAAUGCGUGAAACAGAACGCAACCUCAGAUGUCGAACUAAUAUCCCCCACUCCUAACAUAUAGCGCACACCUAUACCUGUUUCAUCAUAUCAAAGUAUCAGAGAUUCAUGCCAGACACAUUAGUGGCAACGUGCAUGCGGUGCCCUACGGAAUAUCUUACUUUUUUUAUAUAAUUAUAACUAAACAUGUAAUUAUAUGUACAGUUUAAUGUAUAAAGGUAUCUGAAAUCUUAAAACGAAUUUUCGUCUUAUAUGAGACAACAUUUUAAGAAAUAGUUUGCUCGUUACGCGUGCGCAAAUUUUGUCUAUCUCUCAUCACCUGAUCUUCAUUAGAAUUUGGAAGCCUUGCUCCUGCCGGUCGUAGGAUUAGAAUAAAUCUGUUGAAAUAAAAACUAUAUUCAUGCAGAUUGAUUAUCAAUCGCUGUAAAUUUUUUUUUUGUAAAAUGCCAGUUAUUUCGCGAUAUCAGAAGUUGGCUAUAGGUCUUGGUGCAUUAAGUGGUGCAAUAUUAUUUUAUUACAAUGCUUAUGGUAAUGACUCACUACGAGUUCACAACUCGUGGACCACAAAUUUUACACCCUCGGUAAAGUGGGAUCAUAAUUGGGAUAGAAGGGAUCCAAAAAGUUUAGUAAAGCCAAUGAAAAUAAAUGACGAAAAUGACGAGAACAAGUAUAAUGAGAAGUUUGAGGCAAAAAAGGCAAAGGUUGUACGACAUAUACUUUUGAUUCGCCAUGGUCAGUAUCAUACAGAUGGAAAGACUGAUAUUGAUAGAAUGCUAACUGAUCUUGGUAGAAAACAAGCUGAUGCAACAGGAAAGAGGCUAGCAGAACUAAACCUGCCUUAUUCAUUAAUAGUGAGGUCUACAAUGACACGUGCUCUAGAAACUUCCAGAAUUAUAGAAAAAAAUCUAUUAACUAUCCCAGUUGAGGAUGAUAGUCUGUUAGUCGAAGGUGCGCCUAUACCUCCAGAACCACCUAUUGGUCAUUGGCGGUCUGAAAAACAUUUUUUCCAGGAUGGACCCAGAAUAGAAGCAGCAUUUAGAAAAUAUUUUCAUCGUGCAGAUCCUAGUCAAGAAAAUGAUUCUUACACUAUUCUUGUAUGCCAUGCAAAUGUCAUUAGAUACUUUGUUUGCCGAGCAUUACAGUUUCCACCAGAAGCAUGGCUACGAAUAUGCUUGAAACAUGCAAGUAUUACUUGGCUCUGCAUUUUUCCUAAUGGAAGAGUAACACUCUUUUGUUUAGGAGAUACAGGACAUAUGAUACCACAAAAUAUAACAUCCAGCUAAAGAUGCAAGGUGGUUUGUACAUGGAAAAUACACAUCAUUUUAUACUCUUCAUAUAUUGUAUAUAAGGACGUCUCAGAAUUUGCAACUUAUAUUGCUACAGUGAAAAAAAUGUGGAAAGACUAAUAAAAAUUAACUAUUAUUAUCAGAUA